AUGUGUCUCACACGUGAAGAAAGAAAUUACAUCGUAUCGCCGUGCGCACCACCUUCAGCUAUGGCUAAGAGGAAGUUUAGGGACGUAGUAUCAAGACUUCUGUCCUCUAAACGCCGCAAGUCUUCCGCGCAUCAAGCGGCUGGUGAGCAAGCAAAUGCAAAUGCAGUGGUUGGGUCCAUCAAACAGCACACGCCUCCCGAGUUCAAGCAGAACGACAACUACGUAGUCUUGAAGCAGUUCGAAGAAGGCGAAGAGGGCGGAUGCUCGGUCAUCCGGUCCACAACAACAAGCAACGUCUUCGUCGUCAAGUGUGCUCAUGAAAUAGCACCAGCAAGGCAGACCAACACCUCGCAGACCGGUCGCAGGCGACCUCCACCCAACGAAGCGAAGAUGCUUCUCCGUACGCAAAACCACCACAACAUCAUCCACCUCCUCGACGUCCAAGCAUCCACCCCUCCUGGCCGCCAUCUCAUGUACCUUGAAUACUGCUCCAGCGGCGACCUCCUGGAACAACUUCGCACCUUCAGGAGACAAAAUGUGGACCCACCAGUAAUGUUCACACUCCACGUCCUAGCCGGCCUCUCCCGUGCCCUCGCUUUCCUUCACCAUGGCUUACGACCGACCCGCCGGACACGGUACGCUUACCGCGAGAACCACAAGCCCAUCAUCCACGGCGACCUGAAGCCCGAUAACGUCUUCCCCCGUUGGCCGGGCAUGGAGUGCGGGAUGCCGGACGUUGUGCUUGCUGACUUUGGUAUGGCCGCUUUUGCAUCAGAGUCCCGCGGCAUCACUGGAACGCCGGGGUAG